UGCCGACUACAGGGCAGCCAGAAGACAGACAUGGCGGUCAGAGACAGAAACAUGCGCAGUGCGGCGCUGCUGCUGGCCGCUGCCCUCUGUGUGGGAGUCGCAGACUCAGCACCGCGCCCCCAGCUGCUCCAGGGGGAGGACGUGUUCGUGACGGUGGAGACGGGUGCCCUCAGGGGCGUGGUGGCCACGUCGCUCAACGGCACACUCUACAACCGAUUCGUCGGCAUCCCGUUCGCAACACCACCGCUCGGAGACCUCCGCUUCAGGGCGCCACAGCCAGCAGCCAACUGGUCUGGAACGCGGGAUGCGCUGACAUACGGCUCGGAGUGCCCCCAGGAAGGUGUUGGCUCUGAGGACUGCCUAUACGUCAACGUGUACGUACCUUUGGUGAACGACAGCUCUCCACUGGCAGUGAUGGUCAACAUCUACGGUGGGGCAUACACGGUGGGCUCAUCUACAAAUAGGGCGCCCGACUACUUCAUGGACAAGGGGGUGCUGCUGGUCACUUUCAAUUACCGCGUUGGUUCCAUUGGUUUCCUGAGCCUUCAGAACGAUGACAUUCCUGGCAACGCUGGCCUCAAGGACCAGGUGUUCGCCCUGCAGUGGGUGCAGCGCAACAUCGCCGCCUUCGGCGGCGACCCUGACAAGGUCACCAUCUUCGGGGAGAGCGCAGGCGGCUCCUCCACUUCACACUUGUUCUUCUCUCCGGCGGCUAGAGGUCUGUUCCGUGGAGUGAUCAUGGAGAGCGGCGUAGCAAACGCCAACUGGAGCGUGGAGCAGAGCCCCAGAGAGAAGGCGUACCGCCUGGCGGCGGCGCUCGGCUUCCAGCCGCAGGGCGCCAACGACUCUGCCGUCGCUGCCUUUCUGAGGGCCGCCGACCACGCAGACCUCACCAGGGACAACAGCCAGGCCCUCUCAGACUUCGAGAAGCGAGGCCGCAAGGGAAUCGCUUUUUCGCCCGUUAUUGAGCCACAGUCGGACACUGCUGUGGUCACCGAGUCUCCAGGAGAAAUCCUGAGGGACGGCCGCUACAACCAGGUCGCCGUCAUGACAGGCGUCACUUCUGCAGAUGGCAGUGUCAUUGUUGAAUCGUCUGGAAUUCUGACAGACGAAGCUUUCGCUGCGGACAUGAGAGAGAACUUCACACUUCUCGUUGGCUCCCAGCUGCCGUUGCCAACUGUGGAGGAACAAACCGAGGCGGCAGUAAAGGUGGAGAAUUUCUACUUUGGGGAAGAAGGGUUCUCCGUGAAUAACACCCAGGCUGUUUACGACAUGUAUUCUGAUAUGGGCUUCAUACAGCCAGCUGAAGAACUAGCCAGGAUUGUGGCAAAUACCAGUGACCUACCUGUCUAUUUGUAUUACUUCGACUAUGAUGGCUACGGUGCCACAGAAUACGGUAUGAGCCACGCAGCAGAAACGCAAUACCUGUUUCUUUCAUUUGGGCCAGACAUGGACCCGAAUUCUAAUGACGGGAAGGUGAUUGAGCUGCUAACAACUCUGUGGACAAAUUUCGCUAAGUUCGGAGAGCCUACAACAGGUGGAAGUCCAGUAACUUGGGAAAAGUUCACGGCGGAAACUGCUAACUACCUGGACAUGAAGCUGGAGUUUGUCACCCGGCAAGAUCUCCUCAAGGAGCGUAUGGACUUUUGGAAACAAAUCCUUCCUCAAUAAGGCACUGUCUACGUUCGCUACUGCAUUGUACACUGCAUAUUGCCGAAUGUGUGAAUAAACUGCAUCUCUAAUGAUAUGU